GAGGAGUGGGGGGGGGGGGGGGUGAGAGAAAGAGAGAGAGAGAGAAAUGCUACAGAUGCAGGAGGUGGUGCUUGGACACAUUUUAGAGGCGUAAAGGCCUGCCUCAUUUGGCGCAGAUCAGAUCUUUUACAAAAAGCCACAUCCAGCACUCAAAACAAGAGAAAGUCGCCGCCGGCCGCUGCCAGCAUCCUCACCCCGCCGCAGGAGUAACAGCGGUCUGGCUGUUGCAUCAACAACACAUAGCUGGACAUGAUUCCCGGCAGUCUGCGUGGCGUGCUGGAUGUCAGCAACACAACCUGGGCUCUGUCGGAGCACUCCGUGCUGCAGCCCAUGUGGGAUUACCUUCAGCAGAAUCACGAGAGCACCUUGCGCUCUCCGCUGUUUCCCGUCAUCAUCUCAGUGUCCAUGUACCUGGUGCUAGUGUUCUUCUACACCGUGCUGGACCUGCUAGCUCGCACCUGGCCCUCCAUCCGCCGCUUCCAGAUCCACCAGGACCGCACCGUCACCUGGUCCAACAUCGGCUCCACUUUGGCGCUCACCACGUACAACCAUCUGCUCUACAUCUUCCCCGCCGCCAUAGCCCAGUGGCUCUGGCGGCCGCCCGUGCCGCUGCCCCGCGAGGCGCCCACGCUCACCGCCUUCCUGCUGGGAAUCGUGGGCUGCACCGUGGUGUUCGACUUCCAGUACUACUUGUGGCACCUGCUGCAUCACCGUGUCGGCUGGCUCUACCGCACUUUCCACGCGCUCCACCACCAGUAUCGCCAAACCUUCAGCCUGGUUACACAAUACCUGUCCGCUUGGGAGCUCUUCAGCGUGGGCUUCUGGACCACCGUGGAUCCUUUGCUCCUCCAGUGCCACUGUCUCACCACCUGGGCAUUCAUGCUGUUCAACAUCUGGGUGUCCACUGAGGACCACUGCGGGUAUGACUUCCCUUGGGCGAUGCAUCGUCUGGUUCCCUUCGGCCUUUGGGGUGGAGCGCUGCGGCACGAUGCUCACCAUCAGCAGCCGGGCACCAACUUUGCGCCUUUCUUCGCUCACUGGGACUGGCUUGGGGGAACCGCAACCAUGCCGGCUCCUGUGAAGACAAAAACGCGAAAAGAAAGGGACGAAAAGGAAGCCUGAGGCUCUGCUUUCCCUUUCACACCCUCGCUCUCAUCUCUCUCUUCACUCCAUCUGU